CAUGGCCCAUGUUGACAAGAUCAGUUUCCAUGUGCUUUUGAUUAAUUUAUGGCUCCCACAGUCUUCAUUACAAUAUUCACAAAUCUCUCUCUCUCUCUUAUUCUUUAAUUGAACAAUGACUCAAUCUUUUCCAUGAUUUUGUCUGUAGAUCAAGAGUCAAAUAAAGCUGAAAAAACCCAUUACUCCAUUUAAUUAAGCUCUACAGUGGGUCCUUGAAUUUCAAUGAUUUUUCACUUCCUGAGGACUCUUUGAUUGGUUAUCUUCCUCUGUUCCCUUUCUGGGGAAUCCUCUCUUUUCCCCAUUAAUUUUCAACAAAUCUCAUUGGGUUUUGAGCUUUGUUUUAGUGUUUGUGCCACUCUCAUGCACACACUUACACACACACACACACAAACACCCUCUCUCUCUCUCUCUCUCUCUCUCUCUCUCUCUCUGUGUUUUCUCUAAAUGUUGCACAUGUGGGGUUCUAUGCUUUUGCCUCCACAAGGACAUGAAAGGCAUCAAGCUGCUGAGUUUUGAUCUUUGGGCCUGAAUUCUUGAGAUGUGGUUAUGAACAGCAAUAGCAGCAAACAUCACAGAGCAUGUCUUGUUUUAGUUACUUUUGUGUCAGCUUAUCCAUUCACUCUCUGUAGUGCUAAUGAGCUUUUCAACGCUUCACUUUUUGGGUUCUGAUGUAUAUGAGAUCUUUUACUAUAAAGUAGUUAACGGGAGCUAGAGUGUUCAUUGGUGGAGGGUAUAGAUGUUAAGUUCAUUGCUUUUUUAGAAAGAUGGAAUCUGAGAAUAGGUUCUACUCGACUGAUGAAUUCAAAUUGGAUGCAAAAUGGCUGAUUGAUCCCAACCAUUUGUUUGUUGGGCCUAGAAUUGGAGAGGGAGCUCAUGCCAAAGUAUAUGAGGGAAAAUACAAAAACCAGACUGUUGCUAUUAAAAUUGUUCAUAAAGGAGAAACUCCAGAGGAGAUUGCCAAGAAAGAAGCACGGUUUGCAAGAGAAGUUGCAAUGUUGUCUAGAGUUCAGCAUAAAAACUUAGUGAAGUAUAUUGGUGCUUGCAAGGAGCCUGUAACGGUGAUAGUUACCGAGCUUUUAUUGGGAGGGACAUUGCGAAAAUACUUGCUGAACAUGCGGCCUAGAUGCUUGGACACACGUGUUGCUGUUGGGUUUGCACUUGAUAUUGCUCGUGCUAUGGAAUGCUUGCACUCUCAUGGAAUCAUACACCGUGAUUUGAAACCUGAAAAUUUACUCCUGACUGCAGACCACAAAACAGUUAAACUAGCAGAUUUUGGUUUAGCGAGAGAGGAGUCAUUAACAGAGAUGAUGACUGCUGAAACAGGGACUUAUCGUUGGAUGGCGCCAGAGCUGUACAGUACCGUUACAUUAAGGCAGGGAGAAAAAAAGCAUUACAACCAUAAAGUGGAUGCCUAUAGCUUUGCAAUUGUGUUGUGGGAGCUCUUACACAACAAAUUGCCUUUUGAGGGAAUGUCCAAUCUUCAGGCAGCAUAUGCGGCUGCUUUUAAAAAUGUGAGGCCUAGCGCUGAUAACCUCCCAGAGGAAUUAGCUACCAUUCUAACUUCAUGCUGGCAGGAGGAUGCAAAUGCUCGGCCCAAUUUCGGCCAAAUAAUCCAAAUGCUACUUAACUAUCUGUACACUAUUUCCCCUCCAGAAUCCUCAAUUCCUUCUCGAAUUUUCAUGUCUGAGAACGCAGUGUUGCCGCCUGAGUCUCCUGGUACAAGCUCUUUGAUGGCAGUACAUGAUGACACAGGUGAUACACCCAGAGCAGAAAUGGAGGACAAGCCGAAAGGUUUCUUCUUCUGCUUCAACCAGUGUUAUUAACCCUGAAUAAAUAUUCCUUCCUGCCAAAAUGGCUCAAGGGAAGCUUAGUAGAUAAUAGGUUCUAGUCUCACAAAUACAUUUGAUAUCAUGGUAUAUGUUUAAAUUGAUCAGUUUACAAUAAGUUGAAGUUCAGUUCUAGUCUCA